GGUCACGUGGUGCGGAUGCCCUUCCACGCUGCGACAGCAAACAUGGCUGCACUCUUGAGAUCAGCCCGGUUACUCAAAUUUUCGCCUUCGGGCUUGCUUCAGACCGCAGGGACCAAAAGAAACGGACCGUCGCUCAGUCGACUCUACAGCGGAGCUCUCGGCGGCGUCAGGACCGGAGGUUGCUCACGACUGACGAUCCCCGCUUCUGAAAAUGCGUCCAGCAGUCGUGUGUGGCCGUAUGCGGUGGGGUGUGUGCGUGGCUACACUGUGGCCACAGAGAAGAAGGACGAGGGCGGCGUUGCAGUGCGGUCCAAGCAGGCUCAGCAGUUUGACUGGGCUCUGACCAAGCUGGACAGCUCUGUGAGGAGAACUGGUCGCAUCACCAAGACCCUGUUGCUCCACAUUUUCCACGAUAUGUGCAGGACAGGUUAUCCCAGUGGUAACCAGGCCUUGUUGCUGCUGCGUAGCUGUGGCUCCCUGCUGCCUGAGGUGCCUCUGGAGGAACGCAGUGCACUGGCACACCACAUGUGGGAGAAGCUGCAGGAGCUGGGUGUACACUUUGAUGUCAGCCACUAUAACGCUCUGCUAAAGGUUUACCUGCAGAAUGAGUUCAAGUUCUCCCCCACUGACUUCCUGGCCAAGAUGGAAGCAGCUAACGUCCAGCCCAACAGAGUUACCUACCAGAGACUCAUAGCAGCCUACUGCCAAAGUGGAGAUAUUGAGGGAGCCAGCACCAUACUGGGUUUCAUGAAAGGCAAAGAUUUACCCAUCACAGAGGCUGUUUUCAAUGCCCUGGUGACAGGUCACGCUCGUGCAGGAGACAUCGAGGGUGCUAAGAACAUCCUGGCUGUGAUGCGUGGAGCAGGAAUUGAACCAGGUCCUGACACUUAUGUAUCACUGCUUAAUGCCUAUGCUGAGAAGGGAGACCUGGACAGUCUGAAAAAGACUAUGGAGGAAGCAGAGAGUGCAGACUGCAGUCUAAUGGACAAAGACAUCAUGCAGAUCAUCCUCACUCUGUCCAAGGCUGGACACCAUCAGCAUGUCCCAGAGAUGGCUGAGCGUUUGAGGCACGAGAGGGGCUUCGUGCCAGAUGCUAUGAACUUGUGUCUGAACCUCAUCACCCUGGGCCAGGAGGACAUGGCUUUUCUCAUCCUGAAGACUUUCCCCACGCUGCAGUUCUGAGUUUCAACUGCAGACUCCCCCACCCUGGGCAACUUCUUCCUCAGGCACUGUGUCAAUACAGACAAGGCAGUGGAGAAGAUCAGCCACUACUGUAAAGAGCUCCAGGAGUCAAAUCUGCACUCCUCGCCAUUCAUCUUCUCUCUGCAAUGUGCUCUGGGGGCCAAGAACACUGAUAUGUCUUUAAAGCUGAUGAAGAUAUUGAAGGAGCAGGGAUCACCCAUAAGGCCACACUUCUUCUUCCCUCUCCUCAGUCCCCACUUGAAAGACAACAACACAGCUGGUUUGCUGGAGGUGGUUAAGGCCAUGCAGGAACUCGGCGUGUCCCCUGAUAUUGAGACUUUAUCCCAAUACAUCGUCCCUGCUUUCCCCAGCAUAAGUGAAGCUCAACAGGCCUUAAAGGAUGCAGGCAUCGCUCUGGGGUCUUUGUCCUUAUGUUUAGAGGUGCGCUCAUUGGCUGUUAAGGACCUGGCCAAACUCUACACCUACUUGUCGGAUCCCUCCUUCCCCGGGUUGGACCACAACAUUUUCCGCAGCAGCCUCAUCCUGGGCUUCAGAAAGUCUGAUGAUGUGGAGUCCAUGGUGAAGAUUACUGAGCUCUUAUAUAAGGAUAAGCGCUUUGCCAAUGAAAACUCCAGCCCUGUUGAAGGGGCAUCCUACUUCUUGUACAAUCUGAUAGAUAACAUGUCAGCAGCGGAGGUGCAGGCAAAGGAAGACAAACUGCGGGAAUUUUUCAAUCAGCUACACGCUCAGAAUAUAACCAUUUUGUUUGGCGUCUACAGAGGCAUCAAGAACCUUCUGGAGUCUUACCACGUGCCAGAGCUCACCAGGGAUGUGAUCUGUUUGGUGAAAUCCAAAGACAAAGUCCAGGCCAGUGGCUCAUCUGUUCCUUAUGGAAUUGAGGGCAAGGUGUUGGCGCUCGAGAAGAGAUUAGCUGAACUGAAAGCAGAGAACAAACCAUUAAACGCCACUCUCAAACAAACCAUCCAGGCUCUCUGUCUCGAGGAGAACCUGCAGCGCGCCCUCGAGCUGAAGCAACAGCACGAGGAGGAGAUGACGGCUGGAGCCUACGCCAUCCUCAUCAACCAGUGCUGUCACCACGACAAUGUGGAGGAGGCGCUCAACCUGAAGAUGGAACUGGGCCGUAAGGACCCAUCAGUAGUGCUGGAUGCCAGUAAAUACAUCGCACUGGUCAAGGCGCUCUCCAAGAUUGGCAGAGUGGAGGAGGCGGUGGAAAUCCUGAAGGAGAUGAAGGAGAAGGAGGUGGUGAUGAAGGACGUACACCUCACUGCGCUUUUCCACACUCUCAGCACUUUAGUGACCAAAGGUGGUGCCCCCGUCAUCCGGCAGCUGCAGGACACCAUCUUUACCCUUGGCCUGGCCAAGCCCACAAGCAAUCUCUGUUCACCGCUGAUCGGCGCUUACCUGGAGAGUAAGGACCUGUCUGGAGCUCUGGAGGCAUCGCUGGAGUGUCAGAAGCGCUACAACGUAUUGCCUCGCAUCCAUGACAUCCUUGUUGGUCUGGUGGAGAAAGGAGACACCGAACUGCUGCAGAGAGCCAUGGACCUUGUGAGUCAGGAGCGAGGGGAGAUGACGAUGCUGUAUCAUCUGUUCUUCUCGUUCCUGCACACAGGCCGCUACCGUGAGGCUCGUAAGAUCAUUGAGACCCCUGGGCUGAGGGCAAGGCCUGGACGCCUGCAGUGGUAUGCAGAGAAAUGCAUUUCUGCCAACCAGAUGGAGCCCUUGGAGCAGAUGGUGGACAUGACAGCCAAGCUGUUUGAGUGCGACAGGGAUGAGAUGUACAGCUACAUCCUCCGUCUCUGCAAUGAGACAAACAACUGGGAGAAGGCAGAGGCAGUGUGGACGAAAAUGCAGGAGGAGAACAUCAUUCCCAGGGAGAGGACCCAGCGUAUGCUGGCAGACAUCCUGAGGAAUAAUGGCCAGGAGGUGCCCUUUGACAUACCUGAGACCUGGUAUGAACAAGCUGGCACCACAGAGAACAACAUGGCAGCAGAGACCCCCCCACCACUGCAGAGUGUCACUGAACUGCAGGCCCGUCUGUUGGCCCUCUGUAGGAAGGGCAACACCAAAGAAGCCCUUGGACUCCUUAACAAAGUUGAUAAAAAUGGUGUGGCAUUAGGCCCCGCCCCUUAUGACCACCUGAUCCGUGCAAUGUUGGCAAAGGGAGACAUUGAUGAUGCCAUGGUGGUCAAGGACAUUGCUGCGUCUCGUGUGCCAGGCUUCAAGCUGAGUGAUAUCGCCUCCAGUUUGCUCAUCAUCACACAAAGCAAGAAAGGCCAGGCCAGAGAGGCUCUUGAGUCGCUGAAGUCUCUGCUGAACGCCGACCACGUACCCAUGCCGCUCGCCAUCACCAGAGUGGUUCAGGCCCUGGGCAACACUGGCGACCCAGCGGGCAUCGAGGAAGUGGAGACGCUGAUUAAGAGCCUGGGCACGACCCCCAACCUGUCCAGCAUGCUGUUUGUCAACAACAAGACCUUGGCACAUAUCAAGAAUGGUGAUUUGGAGUCAGCAGUAGAGCUGCUGGAGUCGGUCUACACCAGUCCAGACUCUGGAAGCCAGAGCAUGUCCUUCGUCUUCAGAAAGAUUUUGGAAGAUGGGAAUGACGCAGCCUUAGACAAGUUGAGUGCUAUGGCAGAGCGGCUAGCCAACCACUUUGCCUCCUACAGACCAGCUUCAGACCUCUUCCUCCAGCUGCUGGAUAUGAACAAGUUGGAGGACGCCAAGUUCAUGCUGGCUCGCUGCAACGCCUUGGCUGAACAGAAGGAAGUGCUGGUCUCCUACAUGUCUGAAAAGGCUCAGCGUCCCGGACAGGUGGACAAGAUCAAGGCCCUGUUUAACUUGAUUCCAGACUUCACAGAGAAGGAGGUGCUGUACUCGUACCUGAUGAAAUCUCACUCCAUGGAUGAGGACUUAGCAUCAGCCAAGGUCCUGUAUGAGCAGAUGCAGAAGGAGGGGAUAGACAUAGAUGAGCUGUCACUCAAACGGCUGGCUAAGCUUUACCGCGAUGCAGGAGAGACCGUGCCCUUCGAGGAGCCCCCGGAGUCCUUCAGAUUUUACGCAGACAAGCUGAGAGACAGGUCUUCCAAAGCCCAGAUGACAGCAGAGGAAUAAAGAUUCAUCCUCCUCUCCUUUCACCUCCAUCCAAAUCCCACUUUUUUCCCUCUUUUGUCACCAUCUUCUUUUUUUAUAAGUUGUUUGAGCUGAAAUUUUGAGUAUAAUGUGCUAAAACUAUUGUGUGUUAAACUCUGUCCGCUGUGAAAUUGAUGAUGAUGAUGUUGAGAAUGUACAGAAGUAUUUAUGCAAAUAAAUAACGUUAGGAAUCCA